AUGAAUAGACCUAGUUCGACUUCCACAGUGUAUAGUAAUUAUUCUCAAGAUUCAGCUAAAGAUAAGUCCAUAGAAUCUCCACGAAAAGAAGUUAAGACGAAAGAUAGGGAAAGAAGGAAGAGCAUUAUUCAGGCUGUGUCAGAUUUCUUCCAUAAACGAAUAUCGCAUUCAAAUCCUACAUCACCUAUUAAAGAUGGCAAGGCGCAGGGUAUAUACUCAUCACAAAAAUCUAAGGAUAAAUCUAAGUCCUGCUUUGAUAUGGAUCACCUAAACAGUUUUGAAAAUUACAAUACGGAAAAUGUCUUGCCAUAUCGCUGUCAGUCCGAGAAGAACCUCAUUGUGUCCAGGACCGUCCAGGAUGAACAACCGCCGCCUAUACCACCGCCGCCUUUGAACUAUGCGCCGCCGGAUUUACAUCACGUAUCAGAUGGUAGUCAAUCUGAAGAUCUGGAUGGAAGAGGGAUUUCUUUAGAAACUUUAGACUACACAAAUAGUUCUUACAAUUUGGAUGGAACGAAUCCUUCAUCUACUGAGCCAAAACGAAGGCGCAGUCAAAGAGCCAUCAGGAAAGCCGAGUUGAAAAGAUUCAGGAGAGCUCAAGAAAAUCAAAGGCAGAGAGAAGAGACUGAAGUUAAGCAAAGAGAGUUAGAAGCCAAAGGCGUUGCCAUAGAAAAAGCUUUAAGGGGCGAAGGAACUGAAAAUACACAACUAGAUGAGCAACUUUUUGCCUCCUGGAUGCAAUUGCGUAGGGAGCAGCAAAAAUUACAUGUAUACGAUCAGAUGCUAUCAAUUCAAGCAAGGGAGCUUCAAUUGGAGGAUCGACAUGCCAGAUUACAGAACGAGUUGCGAGAAAGGUUAUCGCAGGACGAUUCCACUAAAACAACUGAAGAUGCAAAUCGUGAGAGUCAAAUACUGCAAGAAAUGUUGGAGAUUGUUAAAAUGCAUGAUUCUUUAGUGCUUGAACGAGACAGGCUCAGGAGUACUGAUACCCCAACAUCAAAUGUACAAGAGGCACCAAUUGAUGAAACCAGAUGAGAUUGCAAGUUGUAUUUGAAGCACUGUAUGCAAGAGGUGCUCCAAUAUCUCCUGAAUCUUUUACAACCGAUAUGAGGUGAUUAUUUUCUGAUGACGGUUGAUGGUCAAUGAAAUAGGUUUUAUUCUGGGGCAUGACAUUUUAUUAAAAUGAUCAAAUAAUAUUAUAACAUCACAUUUAUUACAAAAACAUCAUGUUACCACAUACACAGGUUUAAGGUAAACGUUUCCAAUUUGCGAUAUGUUAUUGAAAUUCUAUUUUGUAUGCGCUGCUUAAACCCAUUUUAAAAUAUUUUAGUGCUACUUCUGCCUUUAGAUAUGUAACGUAUUUUUAUAUUAUAUAUUUAACGACUAUGAAAGAAUAUGAUAGUCAUAAUGUUAUUAUUAAGGUUUUAUUAUAUAAUCAAAUGAGUCAUAAUUCUAAA